AUUUAUUCUAAUUCUCCUUGGUGGCUGAAUGUGAUCCACAGAGCAAUAGAAUUUGCUAUUGAUGAGGAACUUGUUCAGCGAGUGCGAAAUGAAAUAACGAGCAACUACAAGCAACAAAUUGGCAAGUUUUCUAUGUCAGAAAAGUUCCAUGACUGCAGAGGUCUUCAGUUCUUACUUACUACACAAAUGGAAGAGCUAAAUAAAUUCCAGAAGCUAGUAAGAGAGGCUGUAAAAAACCUGGAGGGACCUCCAUCUCGUAAUGUUAUUGAAUCGGCAACAAUCUGCCACCUCCGACCAACCAGACUUCCUCUCAACUGCUGUGUCUUUUGUAAGGCUGAUGAAUUGUUCACAGAGUAUGAAUCAAAGCUGUUUUCCCACACAGUCAAAGGCCAGACUGCAAUAUUUGAGGAGAUGAUAGAAGAUGAAGAAGGAUUGGUGGAUGAUCGAAUACCCACCACUAGCCGGGGUCUGUGGGCAAUAAGUGAGACAGAGCGAUCUAUGAAAGCAUUGCUAUCAUUUGCAAAGUCACACAGAUUUGAUGUUGAAUUCAUUGAUGAAGGAAGUACUUCAAUGGACCUUUUUGAAGCAUGGAAAAAGGAAUAUAAGUUGCUUCAUGAGUAUUGGAUGGCUUUGAGGAAUCGUGUGUCUGCUAUUGAUGAACUUGCAAUGGCUACAGAACGACUAAGAGUGCGUCAUCCUAGGGAGCCAAAGCCCAAUCCACCUGUUCUUCAUAUCAUUGAACCACACGAGGUAGAACAAAAUCGCAUAAAACUACUAAAUGAUAAAGCUGUUGCUACUUCACAGCUUCAGAAAAAACUUGGGCAGCUUCUUUACCUAACUAACUUGGAGAAGGUAUUGUGUUUAAAAGAUGCUACAUUUUCCCAUGCUGUAUAUCAAUAA